CAACAUCAUGCGGUCGGUCAUCAAACUUCUGCAGUUGUUGGGCUUCUGGACGCAACCCUACCAGAAACGAAGCAGUGCAAAACCACUGGCCUUCACAACCCUGUACAUUGGGUGGCUGCUGUUCCCGGGAAUCAUCUACAUCUUUCGGCAGCAGCCAAGCUUUGCAGUUAUUACGAGAACCGCCGUCGAAUCCAUGUCCAUCGCUAACAUAAUCAUGCUCAUCGUGAGCACCAUCUUUCAUCAACCGGUACUGGGGAAGGCUUAUGGCGAUGUACGAUUUGCUUUGGCAGCAGUUUCCGACAGUCUGGACAGGGAGUUGCAGCGCACAAUCGAUCAUCUGGAGUUAUCUACAGAUCGGUUCUUCAAGGGUUACAUUGGAUUUCAAAUGGCAGUUGGUCUGAUUUAUUGCUCGUCCAAUCCGAUACAGACAAUCGUCAAAUAUGUGCGCAGCGAAGAGUUGCCUCCGCUGCACGGAAUUUUGGAAGCUGAUUUCUACAUAUUUGAUUAUACUUCUAAUUUUUGGCUAUGGUUACUCGUUGUUGGAGUCGGUGGACUGUCACUGUUAAGUAUUGUAGUGGUUAUCGUAUCGAUUAAUAGUCUCCAUUGGAGUUUGAUUCAUCAUAUUGCCGGGUUGUUUAAAAUAAUCCGGCGAAGACUCUCGAACUUGAACGCAUUUUCUAAAGAAAAAUCAUGUCAGCAAGAACUGGUUGACAUCAUUGAAUUGCAUGAGGUAGUAUAUCGGAGUGCACGUUCGCUGGAGCAAGCACUGAACGUGUAUAUGUUGAUGCAGUUCGGCACGUGUAUCGUAAUGCUCUGUUUGACACUAAUGGUUCUAGUUUUGGCAAACGACGACCGGGACUUGUUGAUCAAAAUGAUUCUGAUGCUAUCGUAUAUCCUCUCCCACAUUCUGGUAUACUCAAUGUUGGGGUCAGAGCUAAUGUCUGCUAGUGCUUCCGUGGCCGAUGCAGUUCAUGAAGUGUCCUGGUACCAAUGGCCAGUUGGCGAACAACGCAAACUUCUAUUUGUAUUGAGCAGAUCGCAGCGGAUUACGGCACUUACUACCGGGAAGUUUUUCUACCUCAAUCGGGAAACGUUCGGAAUGACCCUCCGCACCACGAUGUCUUAUUUCACCGUGCUGAUGCAAAUGUAUGGGGCGAAAUAAUGCGAGAAUCUGCUUUACAACCUGCUGACCGUGUCAGUGUAAUGGAACGUAACCACUUCAGGACGUCUACCUCGCUAACCGAAAGCAUCUCAGCGAGGUGCAAAUGACACUUACGAACUGAAAGGGUUAGUCGUUGUCCAAUCAAUAUUACAUUUGACUGCAAACAAACAAAUAAUUGAUGUGAUAAAAUAGAUACCUAUUUGCUUGUUGGUUUAACCUUGCAGUGAUUCUAUUGCAGAGAACAAGACCAAUUUCUGAACACUGGCGCGUCACAGAAAUCUUAGUACGAGAAGUAUUCAAACAUAAUAUGUCCUGGUCCAAGUUAGUGAUUUUUUUCUUCUUUAAGCAAUGAGAGGCUAAUCUGCUCAACAAACAACCGAACAGUCCAGUUCCAGGGGUUGGGGACCGUCCCCUACAGGCAAAGUAGAAGACAGCACUACACCCCGACCCACUAAA